GGCGUCUCUCUGAACACCGCAACAGGUAAAAGGAGUCUACAAAGCUUAAUUAUGCAUAUUAAUGAAGUUGCAUCUUAUUCACAAUAGAGCGCGCUGAUUGGUUCGAACCAAGUCUUUCUCAUGAAUUAAUGCUGAACAUGAUGUCACUUUGUACCAGCAGCUACAGACUCAGUCUCCACGCUGGAUUUUACACAAUGAUCUCAUCGGCGUGAUGUAGCUUCAAAAUCUCUUUUUGACCAGGAAGAACAAACUUGCUUAAAACAACACAAAAACAACCAAUUUUCGCUUUUUAGUAAAGUGGGACAUUUACAUAUGACUGUCAACAUCUCAAAAAAUGUGUUUUGGUGGUUCGUGACCCUUUAAAGUUUGAGACCAUUUGAGGGAGAAUGCAUUUUUGUUUUUGAGUGAUCUAUUUCUUUAAUUCUUAACAUCCUUUUAAAUGUAACAGGUGUUUAUUGACUUCAAGAGUUUCAAAGAACUGGAGAUGUAGAGAUAAUGAUGUCACAAACCUCUAGAGUAAACACAGGACUUUCCAGCACUGUGGGCUGUCCCUGUUGAUUAACGCAGUCACACUUUCAUUCCUUUACAGAACUGCUUAACAACGCAGCACAGCACACGUUUACAGUGAGGAUUAAUAAAUAAUCCUACUCAAACUGAUCAAAUGAGAACUACUAGAAGAACCAAGAAAAACACAAAAAAGGAAGAACCACAAAGAGAGACGGUCAUACAGUGGUGCCCGGGAGGAACAACAACAAUGGGAGCUGGAAAUUCACAGGUGAACAACAAUCCAACUACUGUCCUCAGCCAGGAUGGAAAAAGUUUAAUGGUGCCUUCUCUAAUGAUUCGAACACUACUAGUACCGCACAACCCUGUCAACACCUCUGCAUCUCCGAAUGAUGGACAAAAUCCAGAUCCAGCAAGAACAUGCCCUGUUUGUUUGUCUGCGCUGAAUCCUGCACGCAUGAAUGGCCAAUCUAAUGAUGAACUGCUUCAAUGUCCACGAUGCUCCAUCCUGUGUGGUUCUUGUCUUUACCCCUGCACUUCUGCCGUCUGCACCAACAAGCUGUGUGCGCUGGUCUCCACACUGCUGACCUGUGACGUGGUGACAGAUCCAACGAGUAGAGUGUUUGGUUGUCCAAUAUUCAGAGCCUGUCCCAAGUGUUACAGUCUGAUUAUGCAUGAAGGCCAUGGAUGCAAGCAUGUAAGAUGCAAAUCAUGCCAUCACCGGUUCUGUUUUAUCUGUUUGCAAGGUGACUGUAGCAAAGACAAAGCACUUUACUGGACACUAACUUGUGCAAAGCAGAGAGCAAAAAGGCAGAGAUUUAUGUCAACAGAAUCUUGAAUUUAGAUUCAUCAUUGGAAUGGACUCAAAAAUGACAAAACUCAAGAACUGUCAGUUGAGCUGCUGUGCAGGAAUUAAAUCCUGAAAUCUUGGAUAACAGUCCUGGAGAAGUGACACUACAGACUUCUGUGUACAAUAUUAUUAGCAAAGCUUUCUAUACGCUUUCUCAUACUAGGAGCCGGUUACUGUUUUUCUACCUAAAAUGACUGCAACAUUGUCGUGUAGCAAUAUAGAAAGACACAGCCUUCUAUUCAUCAAGAAAUAAAGCAUCCGAUGUGUGUAGCACUGAGAAGGUCAAUUUAUUUCAAUUUUUUUUUUAAUUAAAUCCCAAUUAUCAUUUUUAAUUUCCAACUGAAACAUAAUGCCAUUUUGCCAUGCUCAUUUUUAUAUUAUUAUGAUUUUACUUGAUCUUGUAGUGUUUUGUUUAACAUUAUGACGGUGCGUUUUCGAGGCAUAUUUCUUCAUAAGUUACAGAUAAAUAUUGUCUCCAUUUCAAGGUUUUUGUGUCACAGGGCGAAGUUGUGAAGCAGUACUUUUCCACUGCUUACGCUUUGGUUGAACAGCACUAAUGUUGUGCUGACCUGACAGAGGAGGAAUAAAGUUCAGUCGGUGUCACGGUAUUGAAAAACUAAAAGUGUGUUCAUACUUAUGGUUUGGAAUGUGGUUGAAAGUAUAACUAUACAUUUAGUUCCCUUUUUGGUUGGCAUUCAUUUUUAAAACACAAAACAGCUUUUAUGACAUACAGUCAUAAGGUAUACUUAAGCUUUCUGUUCUUGUUAUGGUCAUAUCUUGUGAUAGCAUGUCCUGGUUUUGGUUUAUGUGUGUAUUUUUUCCAUUAGUAAGUCCAACGACACAAAUCCCCUUUUUGCCAGUUGGUCCCUGGUGCAUACGAGGGUUUGGAUGAAAUCUUUCAAACAUUAAUAUAACCUAAAUCUGUGAACACACCCUGAUUAUUGAAUAAAACUACAUCAUUUUAUAAUCAGACUGAUUUUCAGUUAAUGUAGUUUUGGGCACUAGGCAAAACAAGCUUGCGUAAACUGCUUCUAAAUAAAGGUCAAAGAGCUUUCACUGGGGUGGUACCUUUGCAAAUGGCACACAUUUAUACCCAAAGCCAAUUUUCCACUGCUCUGUAAGAUAAGGUUCGGUUCAGUUUGCAUUUCCACUGCAGUUCAGUGCCACUUAAAAGGGGUGGGAUUAUCAAUAUAGCUGGCCCGCCAGUAUUUUCAUUCAAGUUUGUUACAUACAACUCUUUCUGGAUUCACUACACUGCUACCAAUGAGAGGAACAUCUGGUGGUGUAUUUAUCAUCCGGUGGUUUAAUAAUUCUUUAGUUGUGUAAUCCAACAAAACAGCAGUGGCUGCUGCUCACUAUUUAAAUAUAGCAGGUUUUGUGUCAAAUCCAACUAUGCUGAUAGUGACAAUUCACUAGUUACCAAUAAGCAAUGUGUAUAUCACAAGUGUCAAAGUCAGUUCCUGGCGGGCCGCUGCUCUGCACAGUUUAGGUCAAACCCUAAUUAAACUCACCUGAUCAAACUAAUUAAGUCCUUUAGGCUUGUUUGAAACCUACAUGUAAAUGUGUUGAUGCAAAAUUGGAACUAAUCUGUGCAGGGCUGCGGCACUCCAGGAACUAACUUUGGCACCCCUGAUGUAUAUAACUCACAUUUAGGUAUCAGUAUGGCUUUCUUGAAACCUCAACCCAGGAGGUCCUAAGAAAAAAGUACCAGGUAGUAUGGACGAAACGCAGCAAAAAAUCUCCUGUGCCAUACCAAACCAUAUAAUGCAGUAGAAAUUCCUAAAAAGGUCAGUAAUUGUACCUCAGAGGUAUAAACUAGUAACUAAAAAUUUCAUGAGAUAAACUUGAUUUUUUUAGGUACUAUUUUGUACCUUUAAGGUGGCAAUAUUGACCCUUUAUUUAUAAAUGUAUACCUUUUGAAAAUAUACAGCCCCAGUAGACAGCUCUUCUAACACUUUUUGACUUGAUUUUAACAGUUUUUGGUACUAGAAAAAAAAAUAAAGGAUCCAGUAUUUCUGGCAUGUUGAUUCAGUCUUAAAGUUUUCAUAUUAAAGUCUUAAACAUAAGAGUACUGUCCAGGUUUAUGAUACUACCAUCAGGCUAGAGCUGGACGAUAAAUCAAUUUUAUCAAUUUACUCGAGUGUGUAGUUUACAUCGAUUUGUUUGAAUAAAAAUCAGUUUCACUCUAACACAUGCGAUGCUCUCCUUUGGGUUCCCACAGUUUCCUUGUGGAUUUUUCCAUAGAAACACAAACAACAUGCCAGCCAGCAGGGAUGAACCUGGAGAAAUGUUGCACUCUAUGAGUAGAAAAAAAACACUGCGGCACCAGUGCACCGGUCUACCAAAUGCAGCAGCCCAAUACAAAUAAAAGCAAAAAAAUAUAACCAAUCCACUAGUGAUUUAUAUGAACAAUAUAACACAAUAAAAUAGAAUAAACCUCUGAAUGUAUGUUCAUGUUGAAAUAAAAAGCACAAAAUAAUAGGGAAAUUAAUCUUCUUGAAAACUGUGCCCUUUUUAAAAAAUCUUUAAGAGUUUACUUUUACUUAAAUUUUUUAAAAUGGUUUA